AUACAUUGUUACUGACUCCAUUCAUUCACCUACAACAGAGCAAUUCCUACUCACCAACAUGGCACCUAAAAAAGCCGGAGGGCUGAGCGAGGUCAGAGAACCAACUGCAGAGGACCAGAAACUGGCGGAUAAGGUAAAGGAAGAUGUGGUGAAGAAGAUUGGGCGCAAUGUAUCAACAUUCAAAGUUGUACAGGUUUCUACUCAGGUUGUGGCUGGAAUAAAUUACUUUUUUAAGGUGAAAGUGGGAUCCGUUGAAUUCAUUCAUAUUCGGAUAUACGAGGACCUCCAGGGGAAUGUGAAGCUCUCCAAUGUGAAAGACUGCCAGACCAUUGAUAGCCCACUGGUCUCUUUCUGAGGCUCAAAGCCCAAGUGAUCACAGAGAGGGACUGGAAGGGUCAACCUCGGUCAACCCAAAGUGCCUUCAUAACAUGCUGCACAAUAAAAACUCUCUGCAGUUUUA